GUCUUUGAUCGGCUGCACGGUGCAGGGGAUUGUGGGUAAGACGUCAGCCCGCCGCCAUAUCUAUCUUUCUGUACCGGCUGAAGGAGAGAGUCUGGUCUGGAGUCAUGAGAGGAAUCCGGUCUCUGAAUUAUCUUCCCAAACGUUGCUAUGCCGCUGCCAGGAGGAGCGAAGCUCUGACUGAACCCCUCGCAGGCCUCACAACAUCCUCAGCUGCUCUCCCUCCCCAAAAUGUACAGGUGUCCAAGCUUCCAAACGGUCUGGUGAUAGCAUCACUGGAGAGCUACUCCCCCCUGUCCAGUGUGGGUGUGUUUGUGAAAGCCGGAAGUCGCUAUGAGCCGGUGGAAAACCAGGGCGUCUCUCAUGUGCUACGACUAGCAGCAAACCUGACUACGAAGGGUGCGUCUGCCUUCAAGAUCUGUCGCGGUGUGGAAGCACUGGGGGGCAGCCUGAGUGUGACAUCAUCAAGAGAGACCAUGGUCUACACCGUAGACUGUCUGAGAGAUAACUUAGAUUCCUUAAUGGAGUAUUUGGUCAACGUGACCACAGCUCAGGAGUUCCGGCCAUGGGAGGUUCAGGACCUGACGUCCAGGUUGAAGAUAGACAAGGCUCUGGCUCAGCAAUGUCCUCAGAUAGGUGUAAUUGAGAAGUUGCACGAAGCAGCGUACAAAAAUGCCCUGUCCAACUCUCUGUACUGCCCUGACUACAUGGUCGGUCGUAUCUCCUCUAACCAGCUGCAGUCAUUUGUUGAGGACAAUUUCACCACUGGCAGAAUGGCUCUUGUAGGACUAGGUGUACAACACUCUGUCCUGAGGCAGGUAGGCGAGGGACUCCUGAGUGUACGCAGUGGGGCUGGAGCACCUGUGGCUAAGGCUGUAUACCGUGGAGGUGAGCUGCGGGUGCAGAAUAACGACGACCUGGUCCACGCACUUAUUGCCAGCGAGGGUGGUGUGACAGGUAGUGCAGAGGCUAAUGCCUUCAGUGUGCUGCAAAGGAUCCUGGGAGCUGGGCCACAUGUAAAGAGGGGUUCUAACGUCACCAGCAAACUGAGCCAGGGUAUUGCCAAAGCUACUGCUCAGCCAUUUGAUGCCACAGCCUUCAAUGCCUCAUACUCUGACUCUGGCCUGUUUGGCGUCUAUACCAUUGCGCAAGCUGACUCUGCAGGACAGGUGAUCAAAGCUGCUAUUGCUCAAGUGAAAGGUGUGGCCGAGGGAAAUGUAUCAGAUGCCGACGUCACCAGAGCAAAGAACCAGGUGAAAGCAGAGUACCUGAUGUCAAUCGAGAGCUCUGAGAGCUUGUUGGAGGAGAUCGGUGCCCAGGCACUGACCACUGCAGCGUACCAGCCCCCUGACACUGUUGUUCAAGCGAUAGAUGCUGUCACCCACGAUGAUGUGGUCGAGGCUGCAAAGAAAUUUGUGGAUGGCAAGAAGACCAUGGCAGCUAGUGGACGCCUAGUGAAUACACCAUUUGUGGAUGAAGUUUGAAAAUGGAGAUUGAGGAAAGCUGUGAAUUGAAGUUGGGCAUGCUGUGCCUGGCGGCUUUAAAAGGAAAGAGGAACUCAAACCACAUCCUCCUGCAACAAAUCAUUUGAUGUCAACGAUCAUUUGUUGUCCGGCAUUAAGUGAAAGCAUCAACCAAGGGAGCCAGAGAAUCAUAAUGCAAUUGUUCUUUUGUUUUUGUCAAUUUAACUGUAUAUCAAUGUAAAUUAAAGUAUUGACAGUAAUAACA